GGCGGCGGCGGCGGCGCACCUGUCACCUGCAAUCAGGCCACGCGCUUCCUGAGGAGGUCAGCCGGCAUGGCAGAGGCGCGCCAGGCGGGGGAAGGCGGAGAGGCGGCCACGGAGGAGGACCGAGCCCGCGUGGAGCCCGAGGGAAGCGGCGUCGAGGCGGGAAGAGGCGAAAGCCUUGAGGGAGAGGCCCAGGUCCUCGAGGCAAGGGAAGAAGGGCAGCCAGGAGAAGGAGGAGAAGGGGGAGAAGAAGAAGGGGCGCGGGACCCAGAGCCUGAAGGGGUCGAGGAAGCCCGGGAAGAGGAGCCGGGCGAAGCGGAGGAGCAGGGAGAGAAGCCACAGCCUGAGCCAGAGGAGCAAGGAAACGGGAGGGAGGAGGGAGGAAAGCGGGAGGGAAGUGAGGAAGGCACCGCCACUGAACCCCCAAAGGAUUGGGUUGAGGAGGGGAGGGGCGGAGAGGGAGUCCCAAGAGAAGAAGCAGAUGCCGCCCUUGAGCCCCAGGAGGACGCACAGGGCGCGGAGGAAGGGGGAGAGGGAGCCCCAAAGGGAGAGGAAGAAGGAGAGGUGGAAGAAGGGCUGGAGGCGGGAGAGGGAGCCCCCACCCCUGAGCCCCAAGGCGAUGCUGCAGAGGGACAGGGCGAAGGCGAGGCGGAGGGCACCCUGAGGGAAGGAGACGUGGCCGCAGUUGAAGCCCCUGAGCAUCUUGAGGGGGAUCCAGAGGAAGGAGAGGAGCUGGGGGAGGGAGGCCAGGAAGGAGACCCAGGAACCCCAGGAGGAGGAGGAGGAGGAGGAGGAGGUGCCGCCUCUGAGCCCCAGGAGGAGGCUGAAGGGAAGGAGGAGGAAGCAGAGGGAGCCCCAAGAGGAAGCGGCGAACCUGAGACCCAGGAGGAAGAGGCAGGAGCCCAGGAAGGGGACGGGGGAACUCCAGGAGGAGGAGGAGGAAGAAGCGUCACCCCUGAGCCCCGAGAGGAGAAGGAAGCCGAGGAGGAGGCAGGAGAGGGAACCUCAGGAGGAGGAGGAAGCGUCAUCCCUGAGCCCCAAAAGGAAGAGGAGGCAGGAGAGGAAGCUCCAGGAGGUGGGGGAGAUGCUGCCCCUGAACCCCAGGGAGUUGCAGAGGAGAGUACCAAAGAAGAAGAAGAGGCUGAGGAGGGCACCAAGGAAGAAGAGGCAGGAGCGGAGGAAAGGGACUCCGCAGGAGCUCCGCCGCCAGAAGAGGUGCAACUGGAAGGAGGCUCCUCCAGCGAGGCUCAAGGGGAGGAGAGGAGGGCUUCGGUCGAAGGGGGAGACGCGGGUGAGGGCACCCCGAAAGAAGAAGCAGCCUCUGCUGAUGAACCCCAAGGGGACCCUGAGGCGAGCGCAGAGGGAGCGGAAGAAGAGGAGGAGGAAGGCCACCAAGCCCAGGGAUCCUCUUCAGGGACCCAGGAAAGAGAAGCUGCCCUGGAGGUGAACGGCGUGCAAGGAAAGGAGGAGGAGGAGGAAGAAGAUGCGGCGGAGGGGGAGCCCGUCCCGCUCGGCCCGCCUUUGGAGGAGAAGCAAGAGCACGACAUCUCCCUCUUCGUCAAGGCUGGCAGUGAUGGGGAAAGUAUUGGAAACUGUCCAUUUUCUCAGCGCCUUUUCAUGAUUCUCUGGUUGAAGGGGGUUAUUUUUAAUGUUACAACUGUGGAUUUGAAGCGGAAGCCUGCAGACUUACAGAAAUUAGCUCCAGGAACAAACCCUCCUUUUAUGACUUUUGACGGUGAUGUGAAAAUAGAUGUAAAUAAAAUUGAGGAGUUCUUAGAAGAAAAACUAGCACCACCCAGAUAUCCUAAACUUGCACCAACUCAUCUGGACUCUUACUCUGCAGGAAAUGACGUGUUUGCUAAAUUUUCUGCAUUCAUAAAAAAUACAAGGAAAGAUGCCAAUGAAAAUUUAGAGAAAGCAUUGCUUAAAGCUCUAAGGAAAUUGAAUACAUACUUAAAUACCCCUUUGCCUGAAGAAAUUGAUGCAUAUAGCACUGAAGAGCUCCCUGUUUCCAGAAGGAAAUUCCUAGAUGGAGAUGACCUUACAUUAGCAGACUGCAAUCUCUUACCCAAACUCCACAUCAUCAAGAUUGUGGCAAAGAAAUACAGAAAUUUUGAAUUUCCAUCUGAAAUGACUGGAGUUUGGAGAUACUUGAACAACGCAUAUGCUAGAGAUGAGUUCACAAAUACUUGUCCUGCAGAUCGGGAAAUAGAGUUUGCCUAUUUGGAUGUAGCAAAAAGAAUGAAAUAAAUGAAUAUUCUUCUAUAUCUAUAUUCCUUCCGUUUUAAAAAACAACAAAAUGCAAGAUCUCCUUAGCUGCACAGUUUUAAAUUCUGAAAUUGGCCAGCUCAACAUAAUAUAUUGAUCUAUUCAUUCCAAUAUAGUACAUUUAUUUAUGUAUAUAUGCUACUAUAUACAUAUGUUAUAUGCACAGACUGACAUUGGUAAAAUUAUGAUUGCAUAAUAGAUCAAAGUUAAAAACAUUUGAGACAUUUCAGACCUAGAUUACAUAGUAAUUACACAUUUUAGACUUCAGAUAAAUAUCCAGAGUACCACAAAUAGCCGAAGCUCAUGUUAAAAAUAUGCUGUGAAGUUAGUCAUGCAGUUUUAUAUGCCUUAUUGUUAUACCUUUUAGAUAUGGAUGGUAGUUCAAUUCAGCACUCUCUGUGUCAACCACAGCAGAUUGGCAACACUUGCACACACCAUUGGGAUUUGACACAAACCUUCUUAGGUUGAAGUCAGUAGGAAAUCACCUGUGGAUUCUAAUGAACAUGAAUUAGACUAUUUACAGUAUCAGAGAAGUUCAGUGGAAAACAAAUUGGAAUUUGUGGUACCAUCCCUUAAACUUCAACAAGACAUAGCUACUAUUGAUGCAUUUAUCAUAUGCUUUUAGACUCCAUCAGUACUAUAGCUAAUGUUCUGCAAAAACUGGUUUACACAUUGUGUAGUUUGUAGCCCAAGAAUUUGCUGCAUCACUUCCCAGUACCUUGGUAUGGGGAAUACAGAUAACAAAGGUAAUGCAAUAUUGUAGAAUUUGGCACUGUGGGAAUAUUAUCGUGACAUGAUUAAUUUGACAUCUACCUGUCAAAGAAGGUCCUCCAAGCUUCUUGCAUCUGAUCCCAGUGAUGUUCACUUAAGGAAAAUAAAAAGGCAGUCUGCAUGUGCAAAAGGGCUUAGCAUUGCACACAUUCCAGUCUGUGUUUCCUGUGGUGCCCAAACAGGCCCAACAGCUCUCUUGCUGUUUCUAGAAUAUACCUGCUCUGCCCUAAAUGAGAGAUAAUUGCUUUUCACAAUUUGUAUCAGAAUGUAUUUCAAAGCUGCUGCCAAAUUUCUUUGAUGACUGAAGUUUUUUAAAGCUGUAUGCUGCACUGAAGAAACUACCCUAGACCAGACUAGAUGAUUUCCAAGAUCAUUACAGGCUCUGUUAUUCUGAGAAAGAAUAAAGCCUAUUUCCCCCUCUCAAUAUGUAUGUUACAGCCCCCGAGAAGAACAAAAGUUCCCGUCCUUGUCGUAUGACUGUAUUAAUAUUGUUCCAUAAAGAGUCUAGAGUUUGUAAACUGAAAACUUUAGAAACAUUGUAUUUGACAUGAUUUGAAACUCCUUCCAUGGUUGUUAUUUGGAUGGCUUAUUCUUACCUGCUAUUGUCAAUCAAAUGACACGCACGUGUCCACCAAUGGGCAAUAGUAAAUAUGGUUCAUUUUUAAAGAAAUUGAACCAAAUAUGGUUCAGUCUUCAAGGGAAAAUGAUUCCUCAUUUCUGGAACAGAAUUUAUUAGAAAGUUCUUGAAAGAUAUACGUUAUUCAGGAAGUUCUCUGGUCUGGUUUAUAUGUACUACUAAACCACAAUCAAAUUAGUAAUCUACUUAUUAGACUCCAAUACAAUGGGCAUGACAAGAAGGAAACUGCCGCAAACUUGAUUACUCCAUCCUCCCAUCUUAUUUUCUUGUGCAGCCAAUAUCUUUGCCAGAGUUUUGUUUCAACAUCCACAAAAGCGAGUUUGUUAUUAUAUAAGCAAGAGAUCAAGGUUUAAACAAAGGGUGGUUUAAUUAACUCGAUCGCAUUAUCAAGGAUUUUCAUUGGUUUCUUUAGUUUACUUUUAGUGUUGAAAAAAUUAAAAUGUCUACAUCAGUUAUCAAAACUCAAUUUGUUAUUUAUACUGAAACUACUAGCAUUUCUUUCCUUUAUCAAACUAUGCAGCUCUCUGUUUUCCUGUAAUGUAUAAAUAUUUCUAUAGGAUAUAUAAUUGAAUGAAAUAUGUAUUUGCUAAAGUAAAUCUAUUUUAGAAUAUAUUUUAGAUAUUUUCAACUCACAAAUGUCUAAUUUUCUUACCAACAUUAUUGCAGUGAACAUUUUGUUUUAAUUUAGUAACUAAACGUAUAAGUAUACAGCUGCACUAAAUAAUCAUGAAAUUUACUUUGUAUUUCUUUCAUAUUUCUCAUGACUAAUUUUAACAGUGUUAAAUGUUGAUUUUUUUACUCCGAUCUUUGAAGAGAAACUAUUUGAAAAGGAAGUUGUUCCACAAUGCCAAGAUUAAAUGGUGGGUUUGAUAUUUUAGUUCUCAACAUAUUGCUAAUGGUUCAUAUGCAAAAGUCUCUCUCUCUCUCUCUCUCUCUCUCUCUGUGUGUGUGUGUCUCUCUCUCUCUGUCUCUCUCUAUAUAUGUACACACACACACACACAUUUAGACUACAUAUUUAAUCAGUGUAGUUGUUUAACAUGCCUUACAUAUUUUUUAAACAGAAAAUACAAUAAAUAUUUUGUUCUGUGUUUAUUUUCAUGUGGUUGAUUAGGGAAGGUGUAAAAAUACAAAUAGUUGUAUGCUGCUUUGUGCCUUUAAGUCUAUUGUGACUUACAGUGAGUGACCUGUCAUACUAUCAUAGGGUUUUCAUGGCAAGAUUUUUUCGGAGUCGGUUUGCCAUUGCCUUUCUCUAAGGCUGAGAGAGUGUGACUCGCCCAAGAUUACCCAUGGAUUUCAGUGGCUGGAGUCCCAGUCCAACAUUCAGAUAGCUGUGCCCCACUGGUGCAAACUUGUAUAUGCCACCAUAUUUAUGGACCAUUUCUAAUGUUGGUAUUGUUGCUGUUUGAUUUUCUUUGUCUGAAAUGUAUUGUUAUAGUAUCCUCUGAACCUUCCCGGAGAAUCAGAGGAAGUGUGGGAUUUAUGUAGGUCUGAACAUGAGACUAUUUCUGAUAUCUUUACCUUUUUCAUUGGAACAAGUAGACAUGCUAACAGAUCUUCCUUGCAUCUCAGUGAACAAAAUCCUGGAAAUUUUACAUGGCAUACUUUUUUCAGUGUAUAAUUUGAAGAAACAAGUUUUCUUGUUAUGUAGGUAUUCAAGUUCUGUAACAUGACUUGUAUAAAAAUUACUUUAUUUUUAUGUUGGAAAUAAAAAUAACUGACACAA